CUUACAGCUCAAAGGAAAAAAGAUUAAAUCAUAUCAUGCUUAAUAUGUAUUUUGAAAGAUCGAGUUUUGUAGUUUGAUCAGUCACUUAAAAAAUUCUUUAGAUUUGUAGUUUUUUUUUUUUUUAAAGAUUUUAUUUAUUUAUUUGCCAGAGGCAGAGGAAGAGAGCUCAAGCGAGCACAGGCAGACAGAGAGGCAGGCAGAGGCAGAGGGAGAAGCAGGCUCCCCGUUAAGCAAGGAGCCGGAUGUGGGACUUGAUCCCAGGACCCUGGGAUCAUGACCCAAGCCAAAGGCAGCCGCUUAACCAACUGAGCCUACCCAGGCAUCCCUAGAUUUGUAAUUUAAUCUUUCUUUGAAUUUCCUGGGGUUUUGGAACUAAUGGUGGGUUGUUUUUUUUUUUUUUUUUAAGUAGAUUUUAUUUAUUUACUUGUCAGAGAGAGAGAGAGAGUACCAGCAGUGGGAACAGCAGGCAGAGGGAGAAGCAAUCUCCCUGCUGAGCAAGGAGCCCAAUGCAGGCUCAAUCCCAAAACCCUAGGAUCAUGACCUGAACCAAAGGCAGAUGCUUAACAGACUGAGCCACCAGGCAUCCCUCAUGUGAUUUUUUUUUUAAAUUCCACAGUGCAUUAGAGUUAUUACAUAAAUUUAUGCUUGUAACAUAAAGGAUAAUGAUUGAUAAGUAUGCUAAAAAUACUAAAUGCAUUAAAUAAUUAGAAUUUUAGUAUCUAGGCAGAGGAGACACCGCCGCAGUUGCCGCCACCUCGGGGAUUUCUGGCUCUUUCCUCUUCGCCUUAAAUUCGGGUGUCUUUUAUGAAUAAUCAAAAGCAGCAAAAGCCAACGCUAUCAGGCCAGCGUUUUAAAACCAGAAAAAGAGAUGAAAAAGAGAGGUUUGACCCUACUCAGUUUCAAGACUGUAUUAUUCAAGGCUUAACUGAAACUGGUACUGAUUUGGAAGCAGUAGCAAAGUUUCUUGAUGCUUCUGGAGCAAAGUUUGAUUACUGCCGUUAUGCAGAAACCUUUGACAUUCUGGUGGCCGGCGGAAUGCUGGCCCCAGGUGGUACGCUGGCAGAUGACAUGAUGCGGACAGAUGUCUGUGUGUUCGCGGCACAAGAAGAGCUAGAGACCAUGCAAGCAUUUGCUCAGGUUUUUAACAAGUUAAUCAGGCGCUACAAAUACCUGGAGAAAAGUUUUGAAGAUGAAGUAAAAAAGCUGCUGCUGUUCUUAAAGGGUUUUUCAGAGUUGGAGAGAAACAAGCUGGCUAUGUUGACUGGUGUUCUUCUGGCUAAUGGAACACUUAAUGCAUCCAUUCUUAAUAGCCUUUAUAAUGAGAAUUUGGUUAAAGAAGGGGUUUCAGCAGCUUUUGCUGUAAAGCUCUUUAAAUCAUGGAUAAAUGAAAAAGAUAUCAAUGCCGUGGCUGCAAGUCUUCAGAAAGUGAGCAUGGAUAACAGACUGAUGGAACUUCUUCCUGCCAAUAAACAGAGCGUUGAACACUUCACGAAGUACUUUACAGAGGCAGGCUUGAAAGAACUUUCGGAAUAUGUUCGGAAUCAGCAAACCAUAGGAGCUCGAAAGGAACUCCAGAAAGACCUUCAAGAACAGAUGUCCCGUGGUGACCCAUUUAAGGAUAUAAUUUUGUAUGUCAAGGAGGAGAUGAAAAAAAACAACAUCCCAGAACUCGUUGUCACUGGGAUAGUCUGGUCCAACGUCAUGAGCACCGUGGAGUGGAACAAAAAGGAAGAGCUUGUAGCAGAGCAAGCCAUCAAGCACUUGAAGCAAUACAGCCCUCUACUUGCUGCCUUUACUACUCACGGUCAGUCUGAACUUCUGUUACUGAAGAUUCAGGAGUAUUGCUAUGACAACAUUCAUUUCAUGAAAGCCUUCCAGAAAAUAGUGGUGCUUUUUUAUAAAGCUGAAGUCCUGAGUGAGGAGCCCAUUCUGAAGUGGUAUAAGGAUGCACAUGUUGCAAAGGGGAAGAGCGUCUUCCUUGAGCAAAUGAAAAAGUUUGUAGAGUGGCUCAAAAAUGCUGAAGAAGAAUCUGAGUCUGAAGCUGAAGAAGGUGACUGAAUUGUGAAACUAUACCCUCAGUAAAGUAAACAGGAGUUGUAGAUAAAAUGUCAUUUCUCAUGUGUCCUGGUUCUUACAUCUUCCUACCUCCCUAUAUCAAGCAUGAUAUAAGGGCUUUCAUGGCAAAUUUUAUUUUAACUGUUUCUAUGGAAACAGUUGGGUUUAGUUUCUAAAACCAUGUUUUAAGUAGCUACAGGAGCUAUAGAUUUGAAUCUAAUGUUGCAUUAGUCUUUUCAGUUAUCUUCUACCUCCUGUAUUUUCUACUGUAAUAAUGUAAUUUAAGGCCUUCCACAAUGAACAGUUCACUUUAUUCCCUAGGUUUUCUAUAUAAACAGUUUUCAAGAUAUGAUUUGGUUAAAAAUAAUUUGUUAUAAAUAUUCUGUUUGCAAAUUAAACUGUAAAAGUAAAAAAAAAAAAAAA